CCUGCAAAACGUGCCAAGCAGGACAGAGGCCUCUUCAAUUGGACUGCUAAUGCGUUUAUCAAGCAGUCCAUACUCUCACCUAGACACAGAAGGAUCAUCAAGGAAACUGAGAACUUCAAGCUCGACCUCGAUGAUGCCAUCGAGAGCAUUGAGCAAAGCGGAAUUAACCCCAUCUUCCCGAAGAAGCUCUGGAAGUCUGUCCUCCGCGAUGAGUACAUCGAACUCUCAGAAGUACAUGCAUUGGUCGCAGCCUACCACAACCCGGAAGCACCUCGACUGGCCUCCAACAAGUUUGCAGAAGCUCUCGAGUCCUCCACAUUCGCAAAACCAGCACCUACCAAAGCCAUUACUGACCAGAACACAUGGCGUCGAGCCUGGAGGGCCACCACAGAUGCAAUUUCCUUCGCAUUUGCCGACCGUCGUACCGAACUCACCGCUUAUGAAGAACACAUUGGUCGCCUCUUUGACGACAAUCUUGCCAGCUUCCACCGCAACAUCAUCAACUAUGACAAAGCCGUACGACAGCUCAUUGGGUCCCGUCGCGACAUCCUCUUCGACAAAUUUGAUCAUGCCGAAGUUGCCAGAUUCCGCAUCAUGUACCUCCUCCCUACUGGAACACAUUUCUCAGCCCCAAGCUUCUCCACACCCAGAGCAGACCAAGCUGGCUCACGUCCUCGCAACAGAUCAAGAGAGAUAUGCAGGAAGUUCAAUCGGGGGGACUGCGAUGGCUGUGAAUGGAAGCACCUCUGUGCUACGUGCAAUGAGUCCGGUCAUGGAGCACACAACUGCAGGAAGGCAGCCAGGAAGUGA